CUGCCGGGUUAGAAAGGCAACCCGAAGAGCCAAUCAGCGUCGCCGAAGGCGGAGCCACGAGACCCAUUGCCAUAGGCGAAAAAGGCUGGAGCUGAGGCUCUUCGUUUCUCAGUGAAAGGGCUAAAAUGGAGGCGUCUCGGGCGCGGCUGCUUUUGCCGCUGUUGGUGGUGCUGACGGGAACGUAUGUCGCGAUGGGCUGGCAACAGCAGGAGAGAGUCCUAUUGAGGGAGGUCCAAGCCCUGACACUCUAUAAGGGCAAGCACACAAAUUAUCGGAGGACAUCUCCAGUGCCCCAGUUGCAAUGUACCGGAGGCUCAGCUGGAUGUACAGCAUAUACCCCUGAGGUUGUUCAGUGUUACAACAAAGGCUGGGAUGGUUAUGAUGUGCAGUGGGAAUGUAAAGCACAUUUGGAUGUUUCAUAUCGCUUUGGAAAAAUUGAAGUAAGCUGUGAAGGCUACGAUUAUCCAGAUGACCCUUUCAUUUUAAAAGGAUCGUGUGGCUUGGAAUACACAUUAGAGUUAACUAAAGAAGGACAGCAAAAGGCUAACACUUUUUCUGGGACCUAUUAUUCUGCACCUUCUCAAGAUUCAGUUGGUUCUGGAUUUGGAUUGAUCCUGGUAAUAUUAUUUGUUGUUUUUGUUUUUGGCAUCUACAAGCUAUUCCUCUGUGAUAACCGACAACAUAAUUUCCCUAAUGAUGAUGUACAUUCAGGAUCCUACGGGCAAAGUUAUCAAAGCCCACCUUCACCAGGAUUUAAAUCAAAUUACACAGGAGCUGCUAGUGGGUCCAACUAUGAUUCCAAUUCAAGGCCAGGUUUCUGGACUGGAUUAGGUGCCGGAGGACUUCUUGGAUAUUUGAUUGGCAACCGAAGGUCACCUUUAGAUCACAGGCAUUCUCCUUAUUACAGCACAUGGGCUGGUCCAUCUGCUCCACCACCAUUUACUGGUUCAUUGGGUAAUUCAAAUAGCUGUUCAACAUCUUAUAGUUCAGAAACAAAACCCACCUCUGGUUUUGGAGGUACAAAAAGAAGAUGAAGUUUGACUCCCACUCUACCUAACAAGUGAAUAAAGCAACAUUUCAGCAAUUCUGAAAUGUGUCUUAAGCCUGUCUGUUAGAGUUAUAAAAUUCUAAUUCAGCUGUAUAUAUUUGUAUCUGUGCAUCUCUAAAAAUGACAUUAAAUUUAUUUUGGAACAGUAACUUUUGACAGAAUGGGGAAGCUUCUCAAGUAAUCUCUAACAUGGAACUGUGUUCUAUAGAAAAGGGGAGAGAAUAGUGUAACCUUCUGCAAUCUAGUGCCUUUCAGAUGGAUUGGAGUAUCUCUUCUAGAAAUAAUAGCUUGCCAUCAUGAUGGGGACUAAGGACUGGAAUAUUAGUCAUAAUUAUAUAUUUAAAAUGUUGGAAAUGCCAUUUUCUAAGGCAGCGGCCCCCAACCUUUUGGGCACCAAGGAUCGGUUCCAUGGAGAGAGGUUUUUCCGUGAACUGGAGGGGGUGUGGUUUCACAGGCCGCCUGCAUCCUGCGAAUGGGGCUUCACUUGUUUGCGCAGAUCGGUUUCUGGCAUGCCGUGGGCAGUGCCGGUCUAGGGAACAGGGGUUAGGGAUCCCUCUUCUAAGGCCUCUCUGAUAAUGGCUGUUAUACAUUAUAAAAGCAAAGAAUGAAACAUUAUUCAGAAUAGUGUACUCUCUGGACUGAACAGACUGAUCCAACCAACAGAAGAGAAAUCUCGGUCUGUUAUUUUCUUUACAAUAGUUCUUUAGAAAAAACUGAGAUGGGGGGAAAAGUCAACUAGACAGAUAUUCCACUAGAUUCAGUGGACUUUGCUUCCGGUAGGCCUAUAUUGGAUUAUAUAACUGUCUACAAUCAUUUCUAGUUAGGAGUUGUUAACUACAUACAGCUAAUUUGCUGGAAUCUAUGGCACAGAUAUCUUGGAAUGCAUUUUCAGGGAUGUUAGGAAUUCACACUGAAGACUUAUUUAUAUGAAAAAUUGUCCUUUAUUAGAUCAGGCAUUACUUUCUUGGUAAGAUGAGACAUAAAUAAUACAAUGCAUGGGUGACUUGACUGGGCAUUUUUUUUACUUCCAGUUAAAUGUACAUUUUUUUUUUCUUUUUCUCUUUCGUUUGCAUUUGCUCCUUCCUAACCUUUCUUACUAGCAUUUUUGUGAUUUUUUUCAUAGUUUCCAUUCCUGUAGAAAAUUAAAUUGCUGAGGAAUUAACAGCAGUCCCAAAAGUUAGUAUUUAAAUUUCAAAAUAAAGUAAUAAUGUCUGAAAGUA